UUCGGCGAACAAGCCGUCAACAGCAGUCCAGAACCCACAAUGGGAUUUAGCACACAUUAAAGUUAAAGUCUCGCGCCAUUAAGAGACAGCUGCUUUUGCCAUUUUGAAACUUUAAACACAGCUAACGAUUCAGUGGCCUAAUUGGUGUUAUUUAGCUGAGAUAUUCGAAAGACGCUCCAAAGAGCGAGGAUGUUGCUCCCUGUGGGAAGAUAAUGAAGAGGCUGCGUGUUCUGGUGGUGUGCCUCAUCGUAGCUCUCCUGUGCUGGUACCCCUCUCAUCAUGCCUAUUGUUCAGAGCACAGCUCGUCUGACCCAAGUGGGCCGGUUGGGGACGAGGACGACAGCGGCAACCCCGAUGACCCUAAGCAGGAGCAGGACUCCGUGCAACUCCCGGAGGUGGAAGAAUGGAGGACACGCACCUCUGACGAUAGGGGAGUAGAGCCCGAGAGAGCAGCACACCAUGUACGUCAAGAACAGACUGUGAAUCCACAAAUAGUUGAGCAAGAGGAGGAAGUCACAAAUUCAGAUCCAGAAUCCGACCCCCUACUUGCUGCUCCUGAGCCAGAACUUUUGUCAGAACCCGUAAUUGAGUCCGACUUGCAAACAGACGCGCAGGUCCAGGUCCGAGACCAGGAGGCUGACGCGGUCUCCUCCAGCUCCCCAGAGCUAAUUCCGGCACAGGACUCCGUGCCCAGCGAUACCCCCGCCGAAAUCCUCAACGAGGAGGCCGCCGAACAUCAGGACCCCGACUCGGACCGACCUGCAGAUGAAGCAGAUGACUCGCCUACCUCACAGAGUGCUGGUCCCGCUAUCACAGGGGAGGCUUCCGAAGAGGACGGGCAGUCGGACCACAGCCACGAUGCCGGUACUGAAACGGUGGUGGUGGUUGAGUCCACUCCGGGCCAAGUGGAAAAGCAACAGGAGGCCGAACGCAAACAGCAGGAGAAGGGACGGCCCGAGGCGCAGCAGGACAACAAUGCCUCCUUGCACCAGCAGCAGGGGGGAGACGCCGGUACUGGCAGGGAAUCGGAUCCUUCGGUUCCCAGCAAAGAUGACAUCCCAACCUUUGAUGAGUGGAAGAAAAAAGUCAUGGAGGUGGAGAAGGAGAAAAGUCAAAAUCUCCACACGGCCGCUAGCGGCAUUGCCCAACCGGUAAAGAAGGUCCAGAAAAACUUCAAGAAUAACUACGCCUCGGUGGAGUGCGGCGCGAAGAUACUCUCUGCGAACAGUGAGGCCAAGAGCACGUCGGCUAUUCUCAAGGAGAAUAUGGAUCUUUACAUGCUGAAUCCCUGCAGCAACAAAAUCUGGUUUGUGAUCGAGCUCUGUGAGCCCAUUCAAGUCAAGCAACUGGACAUCGCCAACUUUGAACUUUUCUCGUCAACGCCUAAAGAUUUCCUCGUCUCCCUUAGCGACAGGUACCCUACCAACAAGUGGGUGAAGCUGGGGACGUUCCACGCCCGCGACGAGCGCAUCGUGCAGAGUUUUCCACUGGAUGAACAGCUUUACGCAAAAUAUGUGAAGAUGUUCAUCAAGUACAUCAAGGUUGAGCUGCUUUCCCACUUUGGCUCCGAACACUUCUGUCCCCUCAGUCUCUUCAGGGUGUUUGGCACCAGCAUGGUGGAGGAAUACGAGGAGAUAGCAGAUUCACAGUAUCCGUCUGAAAGGCUCGAGUACCCCGAUGAAGAUUACGAUUAUCCGCCCGGCUAUCAACCAUCAGAGGACAAGGCGGCUAAAAACCUGCUCGGCUCCGCGACGAAUGCCAUCCUUAACAUGGUCAACAACAUUGCUGCUAACGUGCUGGGCGGAAAACCCGAGCUGGAGGGCCAAUCAGGGGCGCAAGGUAACCUAACAGAAGAAGUGCUGACCAACAAAGAGGAGAGCGUGGAGGAGGUUGCGCCUGCUACGCCGAUGGAAAUCCCUCAAACCUCUGCUGUAGAGGAACCCGUCGACGGGUUUCCAAAAGAGCCCACGGCCCACGAAGACGGCAGUGUGUCUUCCACCUCGCCCUCAUCCCUCGAAUCUCCUCCCGCAGACAGACAGAUUGUCACUCUUGUGGAGGAGGAAGACGACGAAGAGCCUCGACAGUCCACAGUCACCCUGCUGGAGGAGGACGACGAAGAGAAAAGUGAAGACGAGGAGGAGGUGACAGCGACGAGGGAGAGCUUGGCGUACUGUCCUUUUUUGUCUGUGUCCUCGCUGUCCUGCCUGGCCACACUCCCGGAGCUGCUCCAACGCUGGUGCUCCGCCGUAUUAGCCAAGGAGCGACUCCGCAAACGUCACGCCCAGACGCGCGCCCUCGUAAAAGACUUCACGCCUCCGAGGAUCCCCGCGCCCUUACCCGCACCUUCGCAGGAAGCCCUCCCCCUCACGGAAAAACCACCAGAGCCCCAGGCGCCUCUCACAACUCAAAACGAGAGCGAGUCCCGACUCACACCACCCUUGCUCCCCCAUGCGCACACUCCUCUGCCCGGCUUCCACCUGGAGCCCAGCAGAACGUCCACGCUUGACACGCACGGCUUCUCGGACAUCCACGCUUCCGUGACUCCCACCCACCAGGACCUGCUGCUGCCUCCCAUUAAAGAUGCUGCCCUGAACCCCAUCACCACGCCGCCGCUCCAGGCUGUCCCGGUGGUCAACACGCAGCAACCGAGCACCACGCCACCCUCCUUGGUGGCGAGCGUCCCCCUCCAGCUUUCCACCCCGGAAACAGACGCCCCGGACGCUGCCCUCCCCACUCCGAAGGAACAGGACCUUCCCACUGCGUCACGCCCCGAAGACCUCGUCCCCCCUCCCACGGAUCAGCCGACAAACCCCCCCUUAACGAACCCUGACGCAGUUAGCGACCUGCAGAAAAUUGACCAACAGAAACCAAACACCCCUCCGGAGGAGCACAGCGACCCUCAGAGAGGAGAACUUCAUCGGGCGGCGGAACCGGCAGAGGACGACCUGUUAAACGGCAGCGCGCAGCGGGCGGCCACAGACUUCUACGCCGAGCUGCAGAACAGCGGGGACUACAACAACCAGAACGGCGCCGGCGUGACGGGCAGCACCGGCGUGACAUCGAACGGGGCGACGGUGCACGGCUCCAGCCAGAAGGAGAGCGUCUUCAUGCGACUCAACAACAGGAUCAAAGCUCUGGAGAUGAACAUGAGUCUGUCUGGCAGAUACCUGGAGGAGCUGAGUCAGAGGUACCGCAAACAGAUGGAGGAGAUGCAGAGGGCCUUCAACAAGACAGUCAUCAAGCUGCAGAACACCUCGCGCAUGGCUGAGGAGCAGGACCAGAAACAGCAAGACUCCAUUCAGGUUCUGCAGAGUCAGCUGGAGAACAUCACCAAACUGAUGCUUAAUCUUACCGCUACAGUUCGACAGCUUCAGAAAGAGGUAUCUGACCGUCAGAGCUACCUGGUGGCCUCUCUGGCCGUGUGCGUGUCCCUGGGCCUGCUCCUGUGCCUGCAAUGCUGCCGCAGCUCCUGCGCCGCCCCCCGGCCGGACACCGCCUCCGCCACCACCACCACCGUGGCGUUGCUCAAGAGCCAGCACUACCCCAGCCCAAAGAGAUGCUUCUCCUCCUACGACGACAUGAGCCUCACACGCAGGGUGAUGUGUCCACUUGUGCGCUCAAAGUCCUUCCACCUGUCUUCGACAGAUGUAGGUCCAGAGGACUUGUACAUUGUAGAGCCUCUAAGGUUUUCUCCAGAGAAAAAGAAGAAACGAUGCAAAAGCAAACCUUUGGACAAAGUCGAAACCCUGGAGCCGCCGGAUCCUUCGGCCCCACUCACCAACGGCGACAUCAAAUGCUACGACUUCCACCCAUGCCUUCCCCCUCCCCUCCCGACCCUUCUGCUCCCCCCCCGCCUCCCGCCACCAUCCCCUCCUCUUCCUCUUCCGGCUCCAUCUACCGCUGAAGAAAACCCACCAUUGCACCCCGACCCCGCCAAGGAGCCCCCCUCGGAGACCAGCAGCUUCAGCUUGUCCUGUCUCACAGAGGAGUCGUUCGCCGGGCGCCUGCCACCUCCCUCGCCAGUCUUCCCCUGCGCCGAGCUGUCCCUGGCGCCGCCCUUCCGGCCCACCCGGCCGCCUCCCCUCCGGCCCGCCCGGCCGCCGCCCAUCCCCCCCGCCAAGUCCCGGCAGGAGAGACGUGCCAUCAAACGGCGCAAGUCGCGGCAGACGGAGACGCCGGAGGGGCGCUUGACCUCGCUGCCCGCCCUGGAGCAGCUCAUGAAGCGCAGGAAGGAGCUCGGCGUGGGCGCCAUCACGGUGACGGCCGUCAGCGGACAAGUCUGAGGCGCUUUAUCCCAAAGAACCCCAUUUGCCCACCCUCGCUCACUCCCUUCUAAAGACCUUUGAAUGGUUACGUGCCUUUAUGAUCCCCUUGUAAUUGGUGUUGGAAACACACAAAUGUUUGUUUGCGAGGACAAGUCCGUUUGAAGCAUCCACAAAGUAUUCAAAGCAUGUAUCAUUGCGAGAGAACUCGGUUACAUAAUACAUCCUUCAUGUUUAUUGUCCUCUUUCAUGGCAUGACUCCUGGGACCACCCUCUUAGUUCACGGAUUGCCUCCCAGCUCUCGUGCCCUCAGCAGCCUGAUGAAGAAAACACAAGCUUGAUCAUUUCUCCGCUCACACUAAAUCUUUCAGCUACUGCAGCAGCAGCACACGUAACUUCUUUAAAAAAACAUUUAUUGACAAAAUUACUCUUUCCUAACUUUUUUCACAAAUUCAAUCUCCUACACACGUCUGUCUUUUGUGUUAUUGAGCCAACCUGGCCGCACGCACAUACGCAAAAGAGAGACGUUUUAUUUAUUUAUAUUUACACACUGGCUGGCCAGUCUCGGUAGUAGGAAAUAACUACAAAAGCGAAAUCAUAUUUAUGCAUACAAAUUUGCUCACUGGUACUGACACAUAGCAAAUAACUUGAUUCUAUUUCACAUUUAUUCCAAGUGCUCGCAAUCACACAUGAAUUGCCUUGAACCUCACUGAACUGCUUUCUGAUUGGUAGAAAAGCAGCUCACACUUUAUUCUCAUUCACUUUAGCUUCUUCUUUUGUGUCUGCUGCAAGCAAUGGCACCCAAUCUUUUUUUAGUGUAAUGCAGUCAAACCAAAAGUGUUUUCUGAUAGGCUCUUGAGUGGCUAUCUUUACAAAGACCCUCAUAUCUUCACCCACUGUAUUUCUUUUUUUUGCACAAUCUUCCCGACUGUGAAAGAGGAUUUUUAAAAUGUAUCAUAAGAUGCUGUGUGCGCGUGUGUCCUUUUGUUCCCUCGUUGAAAGUUGAAAGUGUGUAUUUUGUUUUAAAGGGAAACACCGGCAAAGAGGGUUGUAUGAAACGUUAUUCAUGUCAUGCUCGUUGUCUUUUUACCCCCUUUUUAUGUCUGUGCGUUCAUGUGAGAUUACUUCAAUUUCUCUCGUGUGUUACAAGAGACUACUUUUGAUUCUACUUAACACAGCGAAACAGGGGCUGCUGAACGACCUCUAUGUGCACUUUUUAAUGACUCCUUUUUUGGGUUGUUGUUUUUUUUUUCUACUUUUCAAAGUGUUCUCAUCUUUCGAUCUCUUUCAAGUUCUCUGUGAUUCCUCUGAAAAGUUGCACAGUAUUUUUUUUUUUUUUUUUAGCAGGAGUGAGUUACUACAAAAACUGUAGUCCCAUUAGAAACUGUGAAUUUCUAAAUAAAACCUUUUUUGUUGUCU